AUGUAUCCAAGUUCCUACAGCUUAUCCACUAAGCGUCCACCACCGAAAUAUUCCGAUUUCACCGGCUACGGAUGGAUCAUCGUCACAUGCAGCUUCAUUCUUUACCUCAUCGUGGAUGGUAUCGCAUACAAUCUCGGUCUCAUCAACAGCGCAUGGCUAGCCGAAUUUAAACAAAGCGAAACUGCAACAUCCUGGAUUGGUUCAAUUUUCUACUCCGUUCCACUUCUUUCCGCACCAAUAACUGCACAACUCGUCGAAAAAUUUGGUUGUAAAACGAUAACGAUUAUUUGUAGCAUUAUCAGCACAUUUGGAUUUGUGAUGUCGUCAUUUUGCGGGUCAAUAGAGCAAUUAUACUUGACGGUUGGUUUGAUAGCUGGAUUUGGUGCUAGUGCUGCAUAUGUUGUUGGAAUUUUGAGUGCUGAGCGAUGGUUUGAGAAGAACAGGACCCUUGCAAUUGGAAUUGUGUCAUCUGGAACAGGUUUUGGGACUUUUUUGAUAGCUCCAAUCACUCAGAGACUGCUGGAUGCUUACGGAUGGAGAAAUGUCAUGUAUUUUUUGGCGAGCUUGAAUGUUUUGAUGGGAUUUGUAGGAUGUUUCAUUAGAGAACCGCUGUGGGUUAUAGAAGAGAUGGAAAAGAAGGGCAUUAGAGAGCCCAAAAAGAGUGAAAGUCAUGGAAUAUUUGAGGAACAUGAGACUAGCUUUGGAACUUUUAGGAGAUUGUCUAUUGAAGCUAUUGAUGAUAUCAAGGAUGUUGUUCGAGGUCAUUUCAGUGAGCAUUACAGUCAUUUAGAGGAAGUUGUAGAGGAAAAAGUGGUGAAUUUUGAUAAUUUUGAGGAAAUCGUAAGAGAGUCUGAGGAUGUAAACAACAUUGAUGCUGUAGCUACCUCAAAAGGUGAGGUUAGGUUAAUCACUGGCCCAGAAAGUGAGAUUAUGUCUUUAAAUCUUCUACAGAAUGAGGUUGAACCAUCAAAAUCACAAUACAAUCUGGUCACAACAACAAACACAACAUCAGAGAUCCCAAAAAAUCAGCAAAGUGAGGUUAUGUUACAGCACACAACAACAGUUCUUCAAUCAAACAUCACAAACUUACAACACACUCCGUUUAGACAUAACAUUGAACAGCAAAUAAUCGUGCAUGAUUCUCAAGAACACAGUAAUCUUGAAAAUAGUAUAAACAUUAUGAAAACUGAGACAAAUACAUCAUCUAGUGCUAAUGUCGAUUCUCAUACGUCACACCAAGAAAUUGAGAAUGAGAGAAUGACAGUGCAAUUACCUCAAACAGAAGACGAAGAUUAUCAGGAAGAGAAUUCGGGAGAACAUUGUGAUGACUGUCAUUGUAUGAGUAAGAAUGAUUUGAGGUCAAAGUUUGGUUCUGGAGGGCUUCAAAGUGUGUCAAAAGUUGAUCAAGUCUUUACUAUAAGUGGUCAGGAUUUAAAGAAUAAUCCUGAGAAUCUUAAAAUUUGUCAGCAUAAUGGAAAUAACCUCAAAAAUAGACACAGCACAAUAGAAAUCAACAACAACUUCCAGAAUCACAGUUUUGAGAAUAAGUUCAGUAAAAGUGACCCGAACCUUGGAGCUGGCAUCAAAGUAGCCAAAUCAUAUCAUUUCUCCAACUCUAACAACCACCAGCUUCCUUCAUAUACCCAAGUCUGCUACAACUUCCAAAACCAAGACACAAACAAUCUUCAACCAUCCCCACAACCACCAAAGAAGCCUCAAAUUUCAACAACAAUCCUCGAAUUUAUUAAAAAUAAAUUCAAAGUCGUCAAAAAAUUAUUUUCACAUUUUUCGAAUCGUGACUUUACACUCCUGGCUAUCUCGACAUUUGCAAUCUAUUCUCUCUACAACAUCCCCAUAUAUUUCAUAAUUGAGUUGUUAAAAAAUUACGGCUACACAGAGCCUCAAUGCGCAAACUACAUAUCCUUAAUAGGCAUCUCAAUUCUUAUUGGAAUGAUCACACUUGGAUAUAUUGGCGAUGUCAGCGGUAACCACGUGAAGAAUGUCAACGCCUUAUGUGUUUUAGUUUGCGGCAUUUCCGAAAUUUUACUUCCAAGUUGUGCUGACAAUUCAAUCACAUUCGGCAUUUGUUGUUUCUUUUUUGGAUUCUCAUUUGCAUCGGCGUAUGUAUUGAUUCCGAAAAUAGCCGAGAUGAUUGUUGGUGUUGAGGCAUUUGCAUCGGCAAUUGGAUUAAACUUUUUUGUGCAAGGAUUGGCUCUGCUGGUCGGCAUUCCGUUUGCAUCGACAAUUUACGAAGCGAUAGGAAGAAAUUUAGGUAUUAUUGAAUAAAAAGUACAUCCUUAUAACAUAAAAUGUCUUGCAAUUAUGCAGAUAAUCUGUCGCCAUAUGAUGAUAAAGGAGUUCUAGGAACACCAGAGAUCUUUGACUCACCAUCCGAAAUCACCACAAAAGUAGAACAACUAGUCGACUUGAUUCUCAAGUCAAAACACAUUGUAGUCCACACAGGAGCUGGAAUCUCAACAGCAUGUGGAAUUCCAGACUUUCGAGGACCCAAUGGUGUCUGGACACUUGAAAAGAAAGGAAUUAAACCGAAAAUUGACAUCAGUUUUAAAGAUGCAGUUCCUUCAAAGACACACAGAGCAUUAAAGCACUUAGUUGAUAAAGGAUAUGUCAAGUUUAUAGUCAGUCAGAACAUUGAUGGACUUCAUAUGAGAUGUGGAACACCACGAAAGAAUCUAGCAGAGCUUCAUGGCAACAUGUUCACAGCAGAAUGUCCAAAAUGCAAGAAACAAUUUGUUCGAACAUCGGCAGCACCAACAGUUGGAAGAAAGACAGUCGGUGACACAUGUAGGAAUGAAUCCCGGCCAUGUCGUGGACAGUUGAUAGACACAAUAUUGGAUUGGGAGGAUGACUUACCUGAUGAUGACUUAGAUAUGGCUAUGAUGCACUCAACAAUCGCAGAUCUCAACAUUGGACUUGGAUCAAGCUUUCAGAUCAUGCCGUGUGCUAAGUUCCCAAUGAGAAGUCAAAAAUUUGGCGGGAAAUUUGUAUUAAUUAACUUACAGGCAACGAAAAUAGAGAAGAAGGCAGAUUUAUCGAUACAUGCUUAUGUGGAUGAAGUCAUGGAAAUGGUGAUGAAAAGAUUGGGAAUUGAAGAUAUUCCAGAAUACAACGAGGCUGAAGAUCCAACGAGAAAGGCUGACUUUAGUGUAAAUUGGAACAUUCCAAAGAAGGAACUUAACAGUAUUGAGAAGCUUUAUAAGGAGAGAAAUGAAAAGAAUAAGAAGAGGAAAGGAGAUGAGGCUGUGGUUAAGAAGAAGUAUAAAAAGACUAAGGCUGAAGAUGGGGAAUAGAGUGAGGAGGGGUUCAAGGAAAACAUCAGAUCUUUUUUGACAAAUUUUAUUUUUUGACUAGAGUAAAAAAUCGAAUUUCAUAUCUUAUAGCUUGCCAACUACUGCUCCAUUUUAACAUCGCAAUCCUUCAAAGCAGCCUUCAGUUCCGCCUUAAUUCCUUCAAAAUCCUUCACAUAUGGAACAUUUGUAAUAACUAAUGUCUUCAAAUUCAGAUCCUUCAAGCACCUCAAACCCGAAUCAGUUAAAUUCUUACAAUCGAUCAGUUCCAAGUGCUUUAAUGAAUCCUUUCUGUACUUUAAAUAUUCCAAGGCUUCAUCCUCAAUGUAGCCACAAUUUUUGAGGACAAUUUUCUCUAAUUUUGUGCAGCCUUUGAUGUGUGAAAAGCCAAUGUGACUGAUGCCAGCAUCAUCAGCUAUAAUUUCUUGGACAAAGAAUUUUGAGUUUUCUGGCGGGAGGAGGUUGUAGUCACAGAGAGGAUUGGGUGCACUGGUGAAUUUUACACAUGAUCCGUUACGGAGGAGCCUAAAAAUUGUGAACAUUUUAAUUGAAAUGUUCUAGACCAUUCUUAAGAUUAUGCGUAGUAAGUUUCUGGUCCAAAAUCUUAAUGGCAUUAACUUUGAUGCUUAAAACCAACAAUCAGCCAGUUUCAUCACUCCCUGACAACUUGCUCCCGCGUACUUCACAAACACCAGCCUCAAAACUACCAAAUUUCAAAAACUUACCAUUCAGCUGUGCACCUAUCAUGCCCAAGAGCCUUAAUUCUCUCACCAUCGACUCGAUUGAACAUCAUGUUAACCCACCAGAAGAACUGUCGUCCUGAAUGCACUGGCUUGAACAAGGAUGAUGAAAUUUUCAAUUGACUGAACAUCUUUGAAUGUGAAAAAUUGCUUGAAAGUUGCGAAAUUUAUACGAAAAAAAAAUUUCACAGAACUAUUUUUUGGUGCCGGAGAUAAACAAAAACAAAACCAAAAUUGUUUUUUAUUAAUCAAGAAUUUUCGAAACUUUUUUUGAAUAUUUUUUGGCGGUUGCUGUUGUGAUUGAAAUUUUAUUGCAAAUUAAAAUUGAUAAAUUUUUAAGUUUUGAGGUUUUUGAAGUACAAUUAAUUGCAUCAAAGGUGCUGUAGCUACUAAAAUAUCAGCUGAGAUAUGAACAAGAACUCAAAACCCUGCAAGGGAUCCAAAAACCCUGCAAAGCCCCCAAAAAUUUGCAAAGCAAACCCUACAAAAAAUUAUAUUCAUUAAAUUACAUGCUAAAGCUUAACAAGCACUGAUCUGACACAAUAAAAAUCAUCACAUGUGAUUAAAACAAA